CUCUCCCAACGUUUUAUUAUAUAACACAAGGGAAUAAAGUCGAAGAAUUGAGAAGGAAUAGCCGAAUAGUUUCCUCUCCAUCGCUUUCAGGUAUUCCCGAUCUCCUCUCUUCUCUACCUUACUUACUGGGCUUAGGGUUCGAGUUUCCGUUUCGACCACGGGAACGGGAUCUGAGAUCGUGGGUUUGGUCGGAUCUUCGGAUCAUCAGAUGAUGCGGCCGGCCUCCUCCGAGAGCUCCCGCCCCCGCGAUGACCGGAGGAUCGGCAACGGCGGUGGCCUCCGCCACCACCACCGCAUCGCUCCCUCCGCCGCCUCCGGAAACCGCCCGGAAUGGGUUCCCCGAGGAUCCGCCGCCGCCACCUCCAUCCACCAGCCACCGCCUCCCAGCGGGGAACCGAUCAAUGCUCCCGGCUCUAAUCUCGGCCACCAUCGCCAUCGGAACAAUCAACCGGCCCGUCCGGCGUACGUGCCCCGCGGGGCGGCUCCCCCGGCGCGACUGACGGCCGGGGCGGACCCAGCCUCCGUGCCGCAGCUGGUCCAGGAGAUCCAGGACAAGCUCGCGAGGGGAGUGAUGGAGUGUAUGAUCUGCUACGAUAUGGUUCGCCGUUCUGCUUCUGUUUGGUCGUGCUCUAGCUGCUUCUCGAUCUUCCACCUCCCCUGCAUCCGGAAAUGGGCCCGCUCCCCCACCUCGGCCGACACUGUUGCUCCUGCCGCGACAGCUGACGGCGGUGGCGGUGGCGGCAGGUGGCGGUGCCCUGGGUGCCAAUCAGUGCAGGCCACACCGGCCCAGGAACUCAACUACACGUGCUUCUGUGGCCGCCGCCGUGAUCCCCCGAUUGAUUUCUACCUCACUCCGCAUUCCUGUGGGGAGCCCUGCGGGAAACCCCUCGACAAGACUCCGCCUUCCUCCACCGGCGAUGAUGAUAGCCGGUGCCCCCACGUGUGUGUUCUCCAAUGCCACCCGGGCCCCUGCCCACCAUGCAAGGCAUUUGCUCCCCGCCGGCCAUGCCCAUGUGGGAAGAAGACCAUCGUCCGGCGUUGCUCCGAUCGCAGGAGCCCGUUAACCUGUGGCCAGCAGUGCAACCGCCUCCUCUCCUGUGGCCGCCACCGCUGUGAUCGUGUCUGCCACACCGGCGCUUGCAGCCCCUGUCGUGUUCUCAUAUCCGCUUCGUGCUUCUGCAAGAAGAAGACUGAGAUUGUGAUUUGCGGCAGCAUGGCGGUGAAGGGCGAUGUCAAGGAGAUCGACGGGGUCUUCUCAUGUAAUUCAAUCUGUGGGCGAACACUUGCUUGUGGGAGCCACUUCUGCAGUGAGAAUUGCCAUCCAGGCACCUGUGGGGAGUGCGAGCUUUUGCCGGAAAAGAUCAAAACUUGUCACUGUGGAAAAACUGAAUUGAAGGAAGAGAGGGAGAGUUGCUUGGAUCCAAUACCCACUUGUUCCAAACUUUGUGCAAAGCUCCUCAUUUGUGGGCUUCAUCGAUGCAAAGAGACUUGCCAUGAGGGGGAGUGCCCGCCCUGUUUGGUUCGGGUCGAGCAGAAAUGCAGGUGUGGGUCGUCAAGCCAGACUGUGGAGUGUUACAAGGUUUCAGAAGAAAGGGAGACUUUUGUUUGCGAUAAGCCAUGUGGUCGGAAGAAGAACUGCGGGAGGCACCGCUGCAGCGAGCGCUGCUGCCCAUUAUCCAAGCCGGGUGCCCAGCUCUCGAGCGUGGAUUGGGAUCCACAUCUUUGCUCGAUGCCUUGUGGGAAGAGGCUUCGGUGCGGGCAGCAUUCAUGCCAAAUGCUAUGCCACAGCGGCCACUGCCCGCCGUGUCUCGAGACCAUCUUUACUGAUCUCACCUGUGCUUGUGGGAAGACAUCGAUCCCUCCACCACUCCCUUGCGGCACUCCAACCCCAUCGUGCCCCCACCCUUGCUUGGUCCCCCAGCCUUGUGGGCACUCAGCCUCGCACACCUGCCACUUUGGGAAUUGUCCACCAUGUUCAGUCCCUGUGGCGAAGGAAUGCAUUGGAGGGCAUGUACUCUUGAGGAACAUACCUUGUGGGUCGAAGGAUAUUCGGUGCAACCAGCUCUGUGGGAAGACUCGGCAAUGUGGAUUGCACGCUUGCGCUAGAACUUGCCAUCCUCCUCCUUGUGAUACUUCAGGUAGCUCUGUCUCUGUCUCCGGGGCGAAGGCUUCAUGUGGGCAGGUCUGUGGUGCUCCAAGGAGGGAUUGCAAGCACACAUGCACUGCUCCAUGUCAUCCUUCGGCCCCUUGCCCGGAUAUCAGGUGUGAUUUCCCCGUCACCAUUACAUGUUCUUGUGGCCGGAUGACUGCCAGUGUGCCCUGUGGAGCUGGGGAUGGCAUAAGUGGGUUCCAUGGAGACACGGCAUUUGAAGCCUCUAUCGUGCAGAAGCUUCCUGUUCCCUUGCAGUCAGUGGAGGCCAAUGGGAAGAAGGUGCCCCUUGGACAGAGGAAGCUCACCUGUGAUGAGGAGUGUGCUAAGCAGGAGAGGAAACGGGACCUUGCAGAGGCAUUUGAUAUUACUCCUCCCAAUUUGGAUGCUUUGCAUUUUGGGGAGAGUGCCGCGGCAUCGGACUUGCUUGCGGACCUCUAUAGACGGGAACCAAAGUGGGUACUAGCAGUAGAGGAGAGGCUCAAGUUCUUGGUGCUUGGAAGGGCCAAAGGAGGUGGGGCAGGUAGCCUCAGGGUCCAUGUCUUUGGUCACAUGUUGAAGGAGAAGAGAGAUGCUGUUGGGCACAUAGCUGAGAGAUGGAAACUCUCAGUCCAAGCAGCAGGUUGGGAGCCAAAGCGGUUCCUAGUGGUUCAUGUUACACCCAAGUCCAGACCUCCUGCUCGGAUCCUGGGCUCAAAACCUGGCAUUCCAGUAACCGCUCCUCAUCCUCCAGCUUUCGAUCCUCUAAUUGACAUGGAUCCUAGGCUUGUGGUUGCAAUGCUGGAUUUGCCAAGGGAUGCAGAUACAAGUGCAUUGGUUCUGAGAUUUGGUGGCGAAUGCGAGCUGGUGUGGUUGAAUGACGAGAAUGCCCUGGCUGUUUUUGGGGAUCCAGCAAGGGCGGCUACUGCUCUGAGGCGGUUGGAUCAUGGGUCUGCCUACCAGGGUGCUGUAAUGGUUCUUCAGAAUGCUGGGACAUCAGGUCCUUGGGCAAGUAAUGCAUGGGCAGUGGGAUCUAGGGAAGGGGGAGUGACUGCAAAGAGUAACGGUCCAUGGAAGAAGGCUGUGGCCUCGAAAUCGGAUUCAUGGGGAGGGGAGUGGUCUGGCUGGUUAACUGCAGGAGUGUCUGUGCCUGUGUGGAGAGGGAAUGAAGCUGCCCCAGUCCCAGCUUCGACAAACCGGUGGAAUGUUCUUGAUUCGGAUAUGGGUGCAAAUUUGGUGGCAUCUGAAUCGGUGGAGGAUCAUGGUUCAGUAGGGGUGGAAGAUGGUAUGGUGAUGGAACCAAGAACAAGUGGUUUGGGUUUAGCAGGGCAGGGUGCUGAAGUUGGUAAGGUGGAGAUGCCUGAAGAGGUGGAUGAUUGGGAAGCAGCUUAUGAGUGAGCACAAAGCGGACUUUUAGAAAUCUGCUUCUUUGGAUAUUUUUGUUACUUGCUUUCUGGAAUCCUUUUGUUACUUUUUUGAUGUCUAAAAUUGGAUGUUGAUGCGAAGAUGUACAGCGGUGGUUUUAUACCUAUAGAUCUUGAGUACAUUUCUGAGAGCA